GGGAGACUCUAUUUUUAGACAGUGAUGUUAGCGCUUUGUUGGCAGUUAUUUUUGCUUUCCAAAAAGUUGCAUGUUUUUAAAAUAAUGCUGAGAUAAAGCCAAUCAAGAUCCAUGUCGCCGUCUAAGGAAGAUUCGCACGAGCAAGACAUUGCGAUCGGUGCUCGUUUCGUCAGUGAGGGUGACUUAGGGACAGUUCGAUAUGUAGGCGAUGUUCCACCUACGAAAGGAAAAUGGCUAGGUGUUGAAUGGGACAAUCCUGGGAGGGGAAAACAUGACGGAUCCCGAGAUGGCGUGCAAUACUUUCAAUGCAGUUCUCCAACUGGUGGGUCCUUCAUUCGUCCAAAGAAAGCAGACUUUGGCACAGACUUCUACUCCGCGUUACAAGAACGCUAUGUACCCGAUAACAAGGACACUGCAGACAUCAAUGACGAGGAUAUGUUCAUCUGUGGAAACAACAACCAGGUCACAAUAGUGGAGAUGGUUGGAGCAGCUUCAGUUGCUAAGCAACAGAGUUCUUUCUCUUCGAUAAAAGAUGUCUUCGUUCGUGACAUGAGAAUAAACUGUGUAGGAUCAUCACAGCUGGAGCAAACUCUACCGAAAAUAACCGAACUGGAUUUAUCCAAGAAUCUAAUCCCAACGUGGGAGGUUGUGGCUGAACUGUGCAGCCAGCUGAAACAACUGAAGAGACUUUCAUUAAGUGAGAACAGGUUGCAGAUUCCCGCUACUCCAUCCAGUUUUAAGAGUUCCUUUGCAAACCUACAAGAUCUCUUCUUGAAUUACUUGAAUAUAACAUGGCCAAUGGUUGCAGAUUGUGCUCCCAUGUGGCCUCAACUGAAGAAUCUUCAUCUGUGCUUCAAUCAAAUCUCAAAAAUUGAUCAAUUGCGUCCAGAUACCUUUGAGAUAUUAGAGCUACUCAAUGUGGAAGGUAACCAGAUAUCUGAAUGGGAUGACAUCAUGCACUUUUCAAGUUUACCCAGGUUGAACACCUUAAUUCUCAAUUCCAAUUCUUUGGCUUGUGUCAAGUUUGAUGAUACAUCUCCAACAGCGACAACGCAACAUUUCUGCAGCCUCAGGUCUCUUUCUAUCAGUGGGAAUGCCAUCAACAGUUGGAGAGAUAUUUCCGAUCUGGAGAAGUUGGCUAGCCUGACAGAGCUACGGAUCAGGCGGAAUCCAUUCUUGAACGGCAUAUCACCCGAGUCCAUCAGAGAGCUACUGGUUGCAAAGAUUGGAAGUCUCAAGAUCUGCAAUGGUAGUACGAUCAAUUCCAGUGAGAGAAAGGGCUCUGAGAUUGACUACGUGAUAAAGACGUGUAAGGAGUGGUUGGCGAGUGGGGGAAGCAGAGAAGAAGGGAAGAGCAACCCAAGUCAAGAGUUCCUUGGUCUUCAUCCAAGAUAUCCCAAGCUGCUAGAAGUGUAUGGAAUACCAGAGGAGUCGGAACUGGUGGUCAAGUCAUCUGCACUGAAGGAAACUCUCAUUCAAGUCACAAUCAAAUGCCCAGAUGCGCCUUCCAAGAAAGUACUGACCAAGAAACUACCAGGAACAAUGGAAAUACAGAGGAUAAAGAAUCUGAUACAUCGGUUGCUCAAGGUGGAGGUCACUGCCCAAAACCUGACAUACACAAGCCUCAAGAUACCAGGUAAAGAGAUCGAGUUGGACAAUGAUAUGAGACAAUUGAUGCACUAUUCCUUAGAGAAUGGAGACACUAUACUAGUCAGAUGGUGACCCAAGUAACUGCCUUAUACUUCAGAGGUAACAGGGCAAUCGCCUCCAUGCACUUUGACCAUUGCCUUGGUGCCCCUUAAAAUGAUCCAGCAAGUAUAUUUCCCUCGUAGAUGUGCUCUUUACGGUUCACCGUAACGUAGCUCUAGUGUUGUCAGCAGCAGAGUGUGGAUUUGAAUCCUGGUCAUGACACUGGAGCCCUUUUAAAAGCAAGGUACCUAACCAUAAUUGCUUCCCAAACUUUUUGGAAGGCAGUGCGCAUUCUGCCUCUACCAACCAGAGGCUGCUAGUGGAUGAUACCUAUGCCUACAUCCUUGCGGACUGUGAAGGGUUUAACCAAAGGUUUCAGCCUACUUUUUUACACUCCAAUCCAAACUAGAAUUUGUUUUUGUAAAUUUUUCCAUAAACUUGGUCGUGUAUUGACUUGCUUGUAAAUGAUCGAGUAGGAUUACCAAACUUAUCAGACUCCUUUAAUGGAACACAACAUUACAAUGGGAUAGCCACAUUUGAAACACAAAUGAAGGGAGGUUACACAACAAGUACUUUUUGUAUUCAAGAAAGUUAGGGUCUUUCAGAACCAUUAAUAUUUAAAUGCAUCAAUAACCAAUGCACUGUGGCAAUUAUUUGAUAAUAAUUGAUUUAUUAAUUUUUAAAUACUUAGUGGAAAUCCAUCAGAGGAAAGUCUAUAAAGAUAUUACAAGGUUGUAAAAUUGUUGACAAUGGCCACGGCUAUAAAUUUGAAUGGCUUUCUGAGUUUUGUCGUAGACCUUUUCGCAAAUACCCUUUGCGCAAGCGCCAACUUUUGAAUGAGAUGCUACAUGUAGCUUGAUCGCUAACUAAACCAGCAUGCACCUCAUUCCACACCGACCGCGCGCAUCAAGUAUUUGCGAUAAGGUCUAUGGUCACUUUCUGUAUAAGCUUGGAUCUUACAAUGAAAAAUUAAUUCUAAAGAAAUGGAUACCAAAACCAGUAUUUAAUGUUUUUGAUUUUGAAGUGUCAGUUGUUUGGUUAACUAUUUAUCCUUAGAUUUACUCACUAUGGGAAAUAUGUGCCAAUAUUUAAUACAUGAGAGCUUUCAUCUGAGAAACCAUCUUGUUCAUCCCCCAUUCAAUUCAAUGUAACCAUACUGAGGCUGGAAGGGAAAAUAGACUGGUACCUUUUUGGUAUAUGAACAGUAGCACUUAACAAUACUAUAUUGUAAACAGGUCCCAAUUUCAUAGAGCUGCUUGAGCAGGAACUAUUGCUGAGCAAUUUUCUGCUAAGCAAAAAUGAGUGGGAUACCUGUCAUAAAUGUUACAUGUGACAUGGUAUUUUGGCUGGUAACCUUAUGGUGGUAAGUAAAGCAGCUCAAUGAAAAUUGGGCCCUGGUCCCACAUUCAUAGAGCUGCAUGCUUGGGCACAAAAAGUACCUUAGCACAAAACAAGUUUCCUGAACAGAACAAGGUUACCAGCCAAAAGACAAUGGGCCAGAUAAAUAAAAACUAGCAUUUGCUUUUACUAGUCUUUUACUUAAAUCCUUAUAAAUAAAAGUAAGCCUUAAUAUUGCUAGUAAUUGGUCGAACUAGUAGGUAAAAUCAAUGCUUGUGGGACUCUUCUUAUUGAGAUAUAAACAAAACCGACAUUUUACUAUUACCUGAUAGUUUCACAAGAUACUGGGCCGUAUAAAGGCCAGCAUUAACAAAAUGUUGAUAAGUUUAAGAUCAGGCAUGAGAAUUUGCUCAAAUCUCUAUAAAUAACCUUUUACUGGAAAAACACCAUGUACUUGAACGGAUUAGUAAGUGGUCGGAGAAAAGCACAAUAUCGGGGUAUUCAGGAGUAUAACAAUAGAGGCAUGGACUCGCUGAUCAAUAGCGAUUAACUGAAAUGCAGGCAGGGCAGUUUCCACUUAGUCAAAGUUUUUGAUGGCGGCAGUGGCUUUGAGGAAACAUCCAGCCUCUCCACGCCAGCGAUCCAGAGAUUGGUUCUUUUAGAGCAAUUAAAGUACACAACAAAUUUAUAAGUAACAUUUGUAGUUGGAUCAAUAGGCCAAGGGAAAAAUAACCCUUUAAUACUGACCCGAUACCGAGCCAUAUAUGCAACACUGUUGUUCAAGUAAAAUCUCAAGCUCCUCAUGCAGUAGCUUGUAAAAAUACAAGUAAUUGCUACAGUAUGUUAGUAAAAUGUCGUUUUUAUUUAUAUG